AUGGCUGAAGAACAGGAGGUGAUACAAAUAGAGCUGCUAUGCAAGCAGCUGUACGAGUCCCAAGACCCUGCCGUCAGGGAACAGGCGGAAAAGGCGGUCGUGGGGUUUCAGGAAUCACUGGACACGCUGAGCAAAUGCCAGGCGCUGCUGGAACGUGCCGAUUCCAGCUACUCCCAAUUACUGGCCGCCACUACAUUGUCUAAACUUAUUAGCAGAUCCACAGCUAGCCUGUCGGUUCAGCAACGUUUAGACAUAAGGAACUAUGUGCUCAACUACCUCGCUACAAGGCCCAAAUUAGCAUACUUCGUUAUUCAGGCUCUGGUGGCACUCUUCGCUCGCAUCACAAAGCUGAGCUGGUUCGACGUGAUUAAGGAACAAUUUGUUUUCCAAAACGUCAUCAAUGACGUCACCAAUUUUCUAAGGAGUCAAGAGUUGUGCACAAUUGGAGUUCAGCUACUGUCGCAGUUGGUUGUGGAAAUGAACCAGGUGUCUGAUGCAGACGCGAACCGAUCUCUCGUCAAACAUAGAAAAAUAGCUUCGUCAUUCAGAGAUACACAGCUAUUCGAGAUGUUCCGGCUGUCGUGUUCUUUGCUGGAGACGAUGCAGAGCAAGCCGGUGGAGUUGACGGACGAACGCCAGCAUGCCCUGGUGGCUGCGCUGCUGAAGCUCGCCCAUAACUGUCUCACCUUUGACUUCAUCGGCACCACCAGUGAUGAGAGCAGCGAUGACCUGUGUACUGUUCAGAUCCCCACAUCAUGGCGUCCUACAUUCCUAGAAUCAAGCACUCUAGAGUUGUUCUUCGAAUUGUACCACUUACUUGGGGGCUCUCUAGCGAGCCUGGCUCUGGCUUGCCUGGUGCAGCUGGCCUCAGUCAGGAGAUCUUUGUUCAACAGUACAGAAAGAUCCAAGUUCCUCAACAAGCUAUGUGAGGGGGUGCUCAGAAUAUUGGCUAAUACACAGGGCCUGUCAGAUCCAACAAAUUACCACGAGUUCUGCCGUCUCCUCGCUCGCCUCAAAUCAAAUUAUCAACUAGGGGAACUGGUGAUGGUUGAGAACUAUCCUCGUCUCAUAGAGCACAUUGCCAAGUUCACUGUGCAGAGUCUACAGAUGUGGCAAUUCGCGCCGAACUCCGUGCAUUAUCUCCUGUCUCUAUGGCAACGGAUGGUGGUGUCAGUUCCUUACGUCAAAGCGAGUGAGCCUCACUUGCUGGAGUCGUAUGCACCAGGAGUCACGGCCGCUUACAUUGGCUCCAGACUUGACUCCGUACAGUGUGUUGUUGGGGAGAAUUUAGAAGAUCCUCUGGACGACGUGGGUACGGUGGCGCAGCAGCUGGAGCAGCUGUCGGUGAUCGGGCGCUGCUCGUACGGCAAGACGUGCGCGCUGCUCGUGGCGCACUUCGACCGCGCUGCCGCCGCCUACAGCCACGACCAGCAGCCGCAGCAGCUGCGCGUGCUGCAGGGUCAGCUAACUUGGCUAGUGUACAUCAUAGGGGCCGCUAUAGGCGGUCGAGCUACAGUCAACAAUUCUGAAGAGAAUGACGCUAUGGACGGAGAACUGGUGUGCAGGGUUCUGCAGCUCAUGGAUUUAACUGACUCGAGGCUGGCCAAUGGUGGAUGUGAGAAACUGGAAUUGGCAAUGAUGUCAUUCUUCGAGCAAUUCCGUAAGAUCUACGUCGGGGAUCAGGUGCAGAAGAAUAGCAAGGUGUACAGAAGAUUGACUGAUGUCCUGGGGCUCUCAGAAGAGAGCCAACUGCUCAGUGUUCUCAUGAGGAAAAUCAUAACUAAUCUAAAAUAUUGGGGACGAUCAGAGCAGAUAAUUUCAAAGACACUUGGGCUACUCAGCGAUUUGAGUGGUGGAUACUCCUGUGUACGGAAACUGGUGAAAUUGGACGAAGUUCAGUUCAUGUUGACCCAUCACACGGCUGAACACUUUCCAUUCCUGGGUAUAGCCGGUGUCGGAACAGCGGAGAUGAGAUGUCGUAGCAUGCUCUACACAGCGCUGGGUCGUCUACUCAUGGUGGACCUUGGAGAAGACGAGGAUCGGUUCUUACAAUUUAUGAUGCCUCUUACUGCUGCCUUCGAGGGUAUAAUAGGAAUGCUAAGCGGGCCGGAGUCCCCGAUGUUUGGUUCAGAAGAUGCUAAGAAGACUAUUAUUGGACUCGCUAGAGACCUACGAGGGCUAGCGUUCGCUUUCAACAGCAAAACAAUGUAUAUGAUGCUAUUCGAUUGGAUAUAUCCAGUGUACAUGAAAGUGUUACUGCGAGGCGUAGAGGUGUGGUACUCGGAGCCGGCACUCACCACACCCGUCCUGAAACUCACCGCAGAACUGGCACAGAACAGGAACCAGCGGUUACACUUCGAUGUGUCCUCUCCAAACGGGAUACUGCUCUUCAGAGAACUGUCGAAUAUCAUAUGCGCUUAUGGUAGUCGAAUAUUGACCGUGGAAGUAAACAAGAAGCAACUAUAUGCGCUGAAGCUGAAGGGAAUAUCAUUAUGUUUCUCAAUACUGAAGGCGGCGCUCUGCGGGAACUACGCCAACUUUGGUGUUUUUAGGUUGUACGGCGACGAAGCGUUAGACAACGCACUCAAUAUGUUCGUGAAACUAUUAUUAAGUAUACCACAGAGUGAUCUUUUGGACUAUCCGAAACUAUCACAAACAUACUACGUUCUGUUGGAGCGGCUGGCCCAAGACCACAUGUCCUUCCUGGCGUCGCUACAGCCCGACGCGACUCUCUACAUUCUUUGCUCUGUUUCUGAGGGUCUUACGGCGUUAGAUACGAGCGUGUGCACGGGAUGCUGCGCCACCUUAGAUCACAUAGUUACAUAUCUCUUUAAGCAGUUAGUACAGAAAUCUAGUAACAAGGUACCAAACCCACGUCACCCGCCCCCGGAGGCGAGCAACAUGUUCAUACAAGUGCUCCAGCGCCGCCCCGAGAUCAUGCAACAGUUGCUAGCCACCGUAUUAAACGUUAUAAUGUUCGAAGAGGGUUGUAACCAGUGGUCAAUGUCAAGGCCACUCCUUGGUCUGAUCCUACUGAACGAGGAGCAGUUCGCGAGGAUCCGACAGGACAUGAUAGCUCAGCAGCCCAGGGAGAAGCAGGCGCAACUGGCGCACUGGUUCAACGGGCUAAUGGCUGGCAUCGAACCUAACCUACUCACUAAGAAUAGAGACAGGUUUACUCAGAACCUGUCGAUGUUCCGUCGUGACAUCAACGAUCUACUGAAGGGCACCGCCGGAGUCAGCGGGUCCAACGUUAACGACAUGAUGACGUCAUAA